AUGAUCACCCAAAUUAAAAAGUUAUUGAAAAGGACCCAUAUAGAUACGGUCUCUGUAUUUGUCUGUAUUUCUCCAGAAAUAAAAAAUAAAGCUGAAGAAAUCUCUUCGGAUUUAAUACCAGCAAAAUCGAAAAAGAGGUAUGAAGAAAUCUAUGCAAAAUUCUUGGACUGCAGGGAUAAAAAAGUGGAGCCAUUUUCGGAAACUGUGCAUACUAUGGAGAAUUGUAUAAAACUUAAGCCGACGACGUUGUGGUCUUCGAUGCUGAGAACAGUAUUUAUUAAAAUUUAUGUCGAUAUCAGUAAAUAUUCCAACUUAGUUUUCUUUUGA